AUGGCCAAACACCAAAGUUUCUUCAUUUUGUUUAUCACAUUUGUUGUUAUUUUUUUAGUUGAAGCAUUUGAAAGUAAAGAGGUAGAUGGAGAUUUGGUUGCCAAGGGAUGGGAAAAUGCACGUGCUACAUUUUAUGGUGACAUAAAGGGUGGUGAAACCAUGCAGGGAGCUUGUGGUUAUGGAAACUUAUUCCAGCAAGGUUAUGGUCUGGAAACAGCAGCACUAAGCACAGCACUCUUUAACAAUGGAUCAACCUGUGGAGCUUGCUUUCAAAUAAUGUGUGUCAAUGCUCCUAAAGCGUGCCAUCCAGGCCAAGUCAUAACUAUAACUGCCACCAAUUUCUGCCCUCCAAAUUACACAAAAACUACAGACAUUUGGUGCAAUCCUCCACAACGACACUUUGAUCUGUCAUUGGCUAUGUUCUUAAAGAUUGCUGAGUACAAAGCAGGAGUUGUCCCUGUUGUUUACAGAAGAGUCAGUUGCCACAAAAAAGGAGGUCUCAAGUUUGAGAUCAAAGGGAAUCCUAAUUGGAUUCUUGUUCUUGUUUACAAUGUGGGAGGUGCCGGAGAUGUUGUCAACGUCAAAAUCAAAGGAUCUAAGACUGGAUGGCUACCAAUGACGCGAAAUUGGGGACAAAAUUGGCAGACUUCUCAGCAGUUGUUAGGACAAUGCUUGUCUUUCCAAGUACAAACGAGCAAUGGCAAAUGGGUUCAAUCUGAUAAUGUUGCUCCUGCUAACUGGCAAUUUGGUCAGACAUUUGAAGCGAAGAAUAAUUUUUAGUGAUUAUGUAUUGUGGAAAAUUAGUAGCUUUUAAUUUUUAAUCAAUAUAGAUUAUGAUCUUUUCUCCAAGUUUUUUGUUUCCGAAUAAAUUCUCUAUAUUUGAGUGGACAUUGAGCAAGGAAGGAACAAAAAAAGAAGCCAAAGGUGUGGUCUAGCGGUAAAUGAAGCAUGAGAACUAUCAGGUCUCAUGUUCAAAUUCCAGCAAAACCUACAAUACUAAGCAAUCAGUUCUUGAAUAGGCGGAGGUAGCAGGUGCAAGAGCUGGCCCAGACACGUCUAAAAAAGGAAGGAACUAAAAAGGUCAC